AUGUUAAGAGCGGCAGUGGCGGCGCUGGCGUGCCUCUGCAUGGCGCGCGCUUCGCCCGCCGAGCACAGCUUGCAAGCGCUAACCACACAGAACCCCAAGGAUAUCGCCAGCAUUCUAUCAAGCAUAGAAGAGAGACUUCGAGUUUUAGACACAGUAAGUGCAGUUCAGGCGAAACAAGCGAGGAGGUUAGAUAUCAUUCAGGACAAAUUAGAGCGGGUAGAAAAUACAUUGACUUUAAAAUUAGAAAGAGCUCAAUUAACAGCUGAAAGACUUGAGCAUAGGCUACAUAUGCUGCAAACUAAUAUCCAGGCUUCAAUCAAAGAGAGCAGUGAAAAGCUAGAACGUAGUCAAGCGAAAAUAGGCGAGAUUGCUCGGAAUCUAACUAACCAUAUUAUAAGCCAUAAACAUUUAUUAGAAAAGGUUAACGGCGCAUACGCAGACACGUGGCAUCGAAGUUUGAUGCUUGAAUCAUUGAUGAGAGAUGGACUCUCCCUUGUAAACGUCACAAGAAGGGAACUUGCUGACGGCCUGCGGGCCUUAGCCAGGCGACAACGUGAUUCCAGGAUUAACACAGCGGAUUUAGAAACUAUAUUUACAAAGCGCCUUAGCGACAACUCUUAUAGGAUUGAUUUGAAGAUGCAAGAACUUAUAGAUGCACAGAAGCGUUUCGUGGAUUCAUGUCAGCAAGUACAGCAAGACGGUCCAAAGUCUGUGACGGACGUGCUGGAGAAAUUAAUCGAUUCGUUAAUUGGCGUAACAUCUUCUACAUUCCAUGAGCUAAAAAAGAUACAAAAUGACGUAAAUAAAUAUAACAGCAGAGUGGUUAAGAUCCUGAAUGCGACACGUAUACCACAGACGGAUGCUACUUGCAGACGUUUAGAAGGAGCUUUCCGUAAUACAUCUCACACGAUUUUAAAAGAAAAUGAGCUUCGACAACUGACUGAAAAGUUCGUAUCACUAACCGAUCGAGCAGAUGCAGCAUUGCAGCGAUUGGAAGCCCACUUAAAAGAUGACGAACCAACAUCAGAGGUGACAGCAGCGGCUGAUAGACUAUUGGAAAAAUUGGAAGGAAUUAAUAAUGAAGAAUCAGAAGAGUUCGAUUGGGAGGACGACGACACGGGUUACUUUGACGACGGUGGAGGAGGAGAUAUCAUGGGAAUUGAUAAGGACAUCCUGAGCGGUGGAGUCUCUGAGAGGAUGGCGACCACAACCACGCGUCCGCCGCACCGAAGACAUCUGCACAAACAUCCCUACGAUCGCGGCCCUAAUAUUAACUAA